GCCGCCACCCCGGCCGCCGCCGCCGCCGCCGCCGCGUCAGCAGCGUGCCGCACGUGCCCGUGUUUACGUCCCUCGUGGAGCCGCCGACGUCACAGCCUAAUGGCAACAUUGUGGGGAUGCUGAGCCGCGGAGUUUAGGAGUCUGGUGUCUGGUUCCGGCUGGCUCGGCGCGGUCGGCGGGAGGCAGAGCAGCGGCGGGGAGGUCGGCGACCCUGCCGGCGGCGGAGCGGCGGACGCGCGCCUCGGCGCAUCCCGCAGCCCCGCGGCCUCGCGCGGUAGGCCGGCCCGGGGCGGCCCAGGGCCCCGCGCUGCCGCAGCGAGCGGCUUGUAAACAGAUCCGGCCGCACGUGACCAUGUGAACUACCUGCUCCGGGCUGCCGCGUAUUGUCUCCGGUGAGAGUCGCGCCACAAAGGAGCCGGUGGGAGAGCGGCCGGAGCGCUAAGAUGGCUGAAGGCGCCCGGCGAGGGUGAGCUGGGGGCGCGGCCACCGCGGAGCCUCGGCCGGGCGGCCCCCCUCGGCCGGGCACUUGGAGCUACCAUGUCGUUCGCGCUGGAGGAGACCCUCGAGUCGGACUGGGUGGCGGUGCGGCCCCAUGUAUUCGACGAGCGCGAGAAGCACAAGUUCGUGUUCAUCGUGGCCUGGAACGAGAUCGAAGGCAAGUUUGCCAUAACCUGCCACAACCGGACGGCCCAGAGGCAGAGGAGCGGCUCCCGGGAGCAAGCGGCGACUCCGGCGUCUGAUGGGAGUCGCGGGCCCGGCAGCCCGGCGAUCAGGGGCCGGCCCGAGGCCGCUGCCUCUGCCACGGUGCACCGGAGCCCCGGGCCGCGCAAGAGCCCGGCCUGGGCCGAGGGUGGCUCUCCGCGCAGCGCGCGCAGCCCGCGCAGCCCGCGGGGGGAUCCUCUCCGGGGUCCGGCGGCCAAAGCCCCGGAGAGCCCCCUGCGUAGCCCUGCGCGGGCCAAGGCCAGCCCGCUUCGCAGAGGCGCGCAGUCCCGAGAUGCGGCCGCCGCCGCCGCCGCCGCCGCCGCCACGCCAGCCCCGCCGCCGCCGUCGUCGGUGCGGGUGGUGAGUGCCUCCGGGGCGGUCUCCGAGGAGAUCGAGGUGCUGGAAAUGGUGAAGGAGGACGAGGCGCCGCCGCCGCCCCCCGACUCGGAGCCGCCGCCGUCCGCCGCGGAGCUGGAGUCUUCGGCUGAGGAGUGCAGCUGGGCCGGGCUCUUCUCCUUCCAGGAUCUGCGGGCCGUGCACCAGCAGCUGUGCUCGGUGAACUCACAGCUGGAGCCGUGUCUGCCGGUGUUCCCCGAAGAGCCGUCCGGCAUGUGGACGGUGCUGUUUGGGGGCGCCCCCGAGAUGACCGAGCAGGAGAUCGACGCUCUGUGUUACCAGCUCCAGGUCUACCUCGGCCACGGCCUGGACACGUGCGGCUGGAAGAUCCUUUCCCAAGUGCUCUUCACCGAGACGGACGAUCCCGAGGAGUAUUACGAAAGCCUCAGCGAGCUGCGGCAGAAGGGCUACGAAGAGGUGCUUCAGCGGGCGAGGAAGCGCAUCCAGGAGCUCUUGGACAAGCACAAGACUAUAGAGAGCAUGGUGGAGCUUUUAGAUUUGUAUCAGAUGGAAGAUGAAGCCUACAGCAGCCUUGCAGAGGCCACAACCGAACUCUACCAGUAUUUACUUCAGCCAUUCCGAGACAUGCGAGAGCUUGCCAUGCUGCGAAGACAGCAGAUCAAGAUUUCCAUGGAGAAUGACUACCUGGGACCUCGAAGAAUUGAGAGUCUACAGAAAGAAGACGCUGACUGGCAGCGGAAAGCUCACAUGGCUGUGUUGUCUAUUCAGGAUCUCACUGUCAAAUACUUUGAAAUAACAGCUAAAGCUCAGAAAGCUGUGUAUGAUCGGAUGCGAGCAGAUCAGAAGAAAUUUGGCAAAGCAUCAUGGGCAGCAGCUGCAGAGCGCAUGGAAAAACUCCAGUAUGCAGUUUCUAAGGAGACUUUGCAGAUGAUGAGAGCUAAAGAGAUUUGUCUGGAACAGAAGAAACAUGCACUGAAAGAAGAGAUGCAAAGUUUACAGGGCGGUACGGAAGCUCUAGCUCAGUUGGAUCAGCUUGAAGCUGAUUACUAUGAUCUGCAGCUUCAGUUGUACGAAGUACAGUUGGAAAUCUUGAAGUGUGAAGAGUUACUUUUGACUGCACAACUGGAGAGCAUCAAAAGACUUAUAUCAGAAAAGAGAGAUGAAGUGGUAUACUACGACACCUACGAAAGCAUGGAGGCCAUGCUGGAGAAGGAGGAGAUGGUGGCGUCUGUGUACGCGCAGCGAGAGGAGCUGCAGAAGCUGCAGCAGAAGGCACGGCAGCUGGAAGCAAGAAGGGGGCGUGUCUCGGCCAAGAAAGCCUACCUCAGAAACAAAAAGGAAAUUUGUAUUGCAAAACACAAUGAAAAGUUCCAGCAGCGUUUUCAGAGUGAAGAGGAAUAUAGAACCCAUCACACAGUACAACUAAAGAGAGAGAAAUUCCAUGAUGAAGAGGAAAGGAAAAGUGCCUGGGUUAGCCAGGAGAGACAGAGGACCCUGGACAGACUCCGGACAUUUAAGCAGAGGUACCCCGGGCAGGUUAUCCUUAAAUCAACCAGAUUAAAGGUGGCUCAUUCGAGAAGAAGAAAUACAGCAAGUCCUGUGGCCUGUGAGGAGCAGUGUGACUCUCUCCCAGGAGUGCAGCAGGGAGAGGACAAAGCAGAGGUGGGGGAAGCGGGGAGCCAGCUGGGGCCUUCACAGACAGCAGAGCCUCGGAGCCUUGUUCACCCGGAAGACACGCCAUCAGUACAACUUGAAGCCACCUCGUUACCUCCCAGUGCUGUUACCUCUGAACUGCCUCCCCCCUCAUCACUUCCACUCUUGACUAGUGAUCUCAAAGCAUGUAAUGCUACUGCAGAUCCACUCCCCGCCUCUCUGCCUCCAGCACCCCCCCCCCCCCCCCCCCCCCCCCCGCCUCCACCCCCACCUCUGCCUGUUGCAAAGGACAAUGGUGCCACCACCACUUCAGAGACACUGGAGAAAGAUACACUUGGCAAGGAGGGCCAUGAGAAGAGGAUCCCAAAGUCAGCCAGCGCCCCGUCAGCACAGCUCUUGGACAGCAGCCAGCUGGUUAGUGCCCGCAAGAAGUUGAGGAGGACUGCUGAGGCUUUGCAGAGGAGGAGAGUGAGUUCCCCCAUGGAUGAAGUGUUAGCAUCCUUGAAGCGUGGUAGUUUUCAUCUGAAGAAGGUUGAACAGCGGACUCUGCCUCCUUUUCCUGACGAAGAUGAUAGUAAUAAUAUCUUGGCGCAGAUAAGGAAAGGGGUGAAAUUGAAGAAGGUUCAGAAGGAAGUUUUGAGAGAAUCCUUCACACUUCUGCCUGAUACAGACCCUUUGACCCGGAGCAUCCAUGAAGCUCUCAGAAGAAUUAAAGAAGCGUCCCCCGAGUCGGAGGAUGAGGAGGAGGCUUUACCUUGCACAGACUGGGAGAACUAGCAGGUGACUUAACAGAAAGCAGAAAAAUACCCAUGGAUGAAGACUGGCUCUGAUUCUUUUGGGAAAAGCUCUUGUUCCCAUAAUUGGAUUCCAUUAGAUCCCGAGUAUAUUGGCAAAGUGGUGUGAAAAAAAGGAAGCACAAUUGGAGGAUAUUACUGUUGAGUCACUCUCACGGGUAGUAGUGACGUCACUUUUAUAUGUGCAAUGUUCCUGACUGCCAUGAGAAGGCCUCCUGGAGACGGCUGUUUCAUACACACUUUCUCUUCCCAUCCACCCAUCCUAAGCUCAUAGUGGCCAGUUAUGCAGUUAUCAUAGGGUCACUGUGAUUAGAAGACCACUGGGUUCUUCUGUGUGAGCUGCUUUGGGAUUCAUCUUUCAGUGAACUGAGAAGAUAGUUGCUGAAGCACAGCUGCUUCCACAUCAGCUUCUAGAAAUAGAGUGACAUGCUGAAAAAGACAUUCAUCAUGGUAGUUACAGUCAGGAAUUACAAGAAAACAACAUGGAAUGCACUUACAAUUUCCACAUUUCAUCUCCAGAGGAGGUGUUCAGUGUCUGAGAAGCCAUUGGAGAUAUACCAUUAAUGUGUUCACCAAAACAUGGCACAUUUAACAAGGCAUAUUUUUAAGAGGCCACAGUCUUACAUUUUGUAAGAGUUUGAAGUUAAAAUCUCCAUGCUUUUAAAAUAGCAUUUCAUAAUUCUGAAUUUAGAAUAGUUUGAAUUUUAUGUGCACCCUGUUUAUGAGAAGCAAUGCUUCGUAAUUUGAUAAUGUUUCAAAUUAUUUUUAGUGUUUUUGUUUGAACUACUGCUUGAUUACUGUAACUCAUGACUUUUCCUAUUGAGAAUCAAAAUCAGGAUUCAACAGUAGGGAUACAGAUUACAACUCUUUGUAUCAUGCACCAGUUUUAAGUUUUUAUGUUAUACUCCAUGGUGAAGAGCAUGUGUUCAGGAAAGGUCCAGAAGGUAGCCAGUCCCGAAAUCCUCCAGCUGGCAUUUUACCGUUUGCUUCUGCUACACACAUAUGUAGUUCUAGUGCUGGCUUAGCUGUGUCUUAAAGGGUCCAUUUAUGAAUGGAGCUGGCAUGGAUUGUCAUUGGGAUUAUGUGGACAUGCAUGAAGGUAGAUAUGCUGGAACCAGUUUACAGCACGCUGAGUGUGUGCUAAUGAUGAACAGAUAGAUCUUGGCCUUAUGGAGGGAUAAAAUACCAAAAAGAACUUCAUUCCUAGGAAGUUCUUCCCCAGCUUAGCCCAGAAACUACCUUGAAGUGAGAGCAGCUCGGUGUCCACCAAUGGUUUCCUCUAGAAACACAGCUUGCCUUCUUGUCAUUUUUAAGAGAUAAUUUUCUUUAAUUAUGGAAAAAAAAUUCUGGUAACAGGUUAAAGUAAACCAAAUCUUUGCACUUAAAUAUUUGUAGCAUGUUUGUUGACGAGACUGGGAGCUUCUGUAGCAUUUAUUUAGAUACUGGGUUUUGUCCUAACACAGUCAUACAUCUUGUCCAGAACAAUGAAAACAGCUGAUAUAGACCUCACCCCAGGAUGAUAUGUGGGUCCUUUAGACCCACAGUAAAGCGUCAGAAUGUGUUUAGCCCAGAGUCAUUGGCUAGAUAAAGUAUUUAAAAUAAAAUGUUUGAAAAAUUGCCAAGUUUUCAAACUUCCUAGAAGUCAUCCAUCGUUUAUACAUUUCUAAUAUUAAAGAUCCACACAUUGGUAUUUUAUAUAUC